GUUGAGCUACUACAUAGCGUGGUAUAUGCUUGCCGACUAACAAAUACAUUACUACUCUCGCAUUCCUCGUUCUAUUUCCAUUUGUGAUUGAGUUAACGGAAGUCUAAAUCAAAUACUAUCUACAUUUAUAGACUGUAAUCGGAAUAUAUCACAUCCUACGUUGGACUAUAUCGCUAGAGAGUUCGCCAACCUGCUCAGAGUCAUCAAGCAUUUAUAAUUGUGGAUUUACAUUACUGGACCUAAUCAGAACACGCAACGUUUGGGCAAUUUAAGUAACGUCCCUAAUUUUUAUUGUAUUUGUAACAAUUAACUGUGUAUAUAUUAAUAUUACUAUUUAUCUUUAGUAACUUUGUUUAUACUUUUUGCGUUCAUAUUUGUCUGGUCCACCACAAUUAUUUGGUGAGCCUCGGUUUUUUUUUAUAGACAUUUACUAUAUAUAUCUACAUAUUAUUAUUAUUAUUACUUCGCACGACACCAUUUUUUUUGUUUAUGUCAUUAUGAACUCUCCGGGUAAACUUAUCGAUAUAGAUAGUUCACCGACCAACCUUCUAAACUCUCCACAACCAGAGGAUAAUGCUUUGAACUCGAUCAACGCUAUCUCAGAGUUAAGAUUACCAACGUACUGUAUUAAUAAUCCCAGAGUCUGGUUUGCUCAAAUUGAAGCUUUAUUCAUGGCUAGAGGCAUAAGAUCCCAGGCAUCAAAGUAUGCAUACGUAGUCGGCGCACUUCCUAUCGAGAUUGCCGCUGAAGUUGGUGAUUUAAUCGAUCACGUGCCAGAAUCUGAACCAUAUGAUAAGAUAAAAGCAGCAGUUAUUCAACGCACCACGGUCUCAGAUGAGAAAAGGCUACAACAGUUGUUAACAUCUUGUGACUUGGGUGAUAAAAGACCCUCGCAACUUCUCCGCCACAUGAAACAACUCGCCGGUCCAUACAAGCUAGACGAAGCCCUCCUAAAGCAAAUGUGGUUUCAAAGAUUACCACACAGCGUUCGACAAAUUCUCAGUGUUUCAGGGAAAUCCGUCGCACUUGAUGACUUAGCCGACAUGGCAGAUAAAAUGAUGGAAGUAUACCACGACAAUCACUGUGUGAACUCAUUGCAACCACCUGGAUCAACAGAUAUUAGCUGUUUAGCCUCCUUUCAAAAGCAGUUAACACAAUUAACGAGCCAGCUGGCGUCACUUCAAUCGACCAUAGCAACCAUCCAAACUAGACAAUCGAGAUCCCCCUCCAGACGAAGAUCUUUUUCUAGACAACGGUCUCGGUCACCGAAGCGAACAUCUGAUGUUUGUUGGUACCACCAAAAAUACGGCACCAAAGCACGGCGUUGUACACGACCGUGCACAUUUUCUGCGUCUGACACAGAAAAUCAGGGAAACGACCCGGCCAGACAGUGAUGGCGGCGCCUGUUUCUGGCCACUACCCGAGCCGUCUAUUUCAUGUCAGGGAUCGAAUUUCGGGCUCAGAUUUUUUGGUCGAUACAGGAGCCGAAAUCAGCAUUAUCCCAUUACACCUCUCUCAACGACGGCACCCUCAGAGUACUAAAUUGUCUCUAGUCGCAGCCAAUAACACAGUCAUUAAAACUUAUGGCGAACAAUCACUUAUUUUAGAUCUCGGUCUCCGGAGACGUUUCACAUGGGUUUUCAUCGUAGCUGAAAUCAAACAACCCAUUAUCGGGGCCGAUUUUCUCGGUGCUUACAACCUACUUGUAGAUAUGGCAAAAAAGAAACUAAUCGACAAAAACACAAGCUUACAGGUCAGUGGCACAACUCUCUCCAGUUACGAAAUUCAUGGAGUCCGAAUGUUAAGACCUGAAAACAAAAUUUUCACCGAUAUCCUGUCGAAGUAUGAAAGUAUAACCAGAGCUGAUUACCAAAACGAAUGCUCCACACAUCAUGUCCAACACAGUAUUACUACUACAGGACCACCUAUUCGCGCCAGGGCGAGAAGACUCCAUCCAAACAAGUUGCAGUUCGCUAAGAGAGAAUUCGAACAUAUGAUGCAACUUGGGAUAAUCAGACAAUCUAACAGUCCUUGGGCCUCGCCGCUGCAUAUGGUUCCCAAGAAAGAUCAAGACUGGCGCCCAUGUGGAGAUUAUCGCCGAUUGAAUAACCAGACUAUCCCAGACCGGUAUCCGAUCCCUCACCUGCAUGAUUUUUCUUUAAAUCUACAUGGAAAGCAGAUUUUUUCAAAGUUAGAUCUAGUCCGAGCAUACCACCAAAUACCGAUGGCACCUGAGGAUAUCGAGAAAACAGCUGUAAUCACACCUUUUGGCUUGUUUGAAUUCUUGAGGAUGCCUUUCGGACUAAAAAACGCCGCUCAAACCUUCCAGAGAUUUAUGGACGAAGUAACUAGAGGUCUGGAUUUCGUAUUUGUCUAUAUCGACGAUGUUUUAAUCGCUAGUUCUUCCAUUGACGAACAUGUUCAACACCUACACACGCUUUUUGAACGUUUCAAAAGUUAUGGUGUUGUAAUCAACCCUUCGAAGUGUAUAUUUGGCGCCUCAUCUCUGGAAUUCCUGGGACACCACAUUGAUUCCCAAGGAAUUAAACCGCUUGAAGAGAAAGUCAAAGCCAUCUCCAGCUAUCCAGAACCAACCUCAGUAAAAUCACUACGCCGUUUUCUUGGAACAUGUAAUUUUUAUCGACGAUUUCUACCAAAUUGUGCCGACGUACUACAGCCAUUGACAGAUUUACUGAAAAACGAUAAAUCAAGUACCAAGAAAGAAAAGAACCAAAUAUUCAAGUUACCUUCCGAUGCCAAAGUAGCAUUUGAAAAAGCUAAAUCCAUGAUUGCUAAUGCUACCAUGCUCCAACACCUAAAUACUGACCCCACAACACUGUUGAUCCUGUGCACGGAUGCUUCACAAAAAGCCGUCGGGGCAGUAUUACAACAGCGGGUAAACAACAAGAUUACCCCCAUUGCCUUUUUCUCCAAGAGAUUAUCGCCAGCACAAGAACGUUAUAGCACCUUCGGACGUGAACUUCUAGCUAUGUACUUAGCUGUAAAACACUUCAACUUCCUCCUUCAGGGACGCGAUUUCACCAUUAUGACUGAUCAUAAACCACUUUGCUAUUCUUUCAAUACGACCUACGACAAACAUUCUCCACGGGAAGCACGACAACUGGAUUACAUCUCCCAGUUUACGACAGAUAUCCAAUUUGUCAAAGGAAAUACCAACGUCGUAGCUGACGCAUUGUCACGUAAGGACGUAAAUACCUUGUUACGUAAACAAGACAUCGAUCUAGAAACCAUCGCAAAACUACAAGUAGACGAUGCAGAUUUGAAGGUCUGCCAGGAGAAGUCUAACUUGAACCUUAAACCAGUACCCAUCCCUUUCUCAAAUACAUCUAUCAUUUGCGAUGUUUCAACGGGUAACAAUCGCCCUUUCGUACCACUAGCAUGUCGUCGACAGGUAUUUCGUCAACUGCAUGACCUUUCUCACCCAGGAAUCAGAGCCACAAUCAAAUUGGUUACUGAGCGUUUUGUGUGGCCAAAAAUCAAUUCAGAUAUAAAACGAUGGACGCGAAGCUGCCUACAAUGUCAACGCAGCAAGAUUCAGAACCACACGAUCAGUCCAGUUGGCAAGUAUCCCCUGCCGGAAAAACGUUUUCAGCAUAUCCACUUAGACAUAGUUGGUCCAUUGCCACCAUCUAAUUCAUUCACGCACAUUCUCACUGCGGUGGACAGGUUCACAAGAUGGGCCAUAGCAUGCCCUAUUGCUGAUACUUCUGCAGAAACAGUAGCCGGCGUAUUCCUUGACCGUUGGAUAGCGAAUUACGGAGUACCUUCUAUCGUCACUACCGACCGUGGUCCCCAGUUUCAGUCUAUCUUAUUUCAGGAAUUCACAAGACUUCUGGGCGUGAACCACAUCAAAACAACAGCCUACCACCCAGCAGCUAACGGCUUGGUCGAAAGAUUUCACCGCCAAUUGAAAAGCUCGCUGAUGGCACAAGAUGAUACGACAAAAUGGAGUGACGCAUUACCACUUGUACUCCUGGGUAUCCGUUCAACUAUAAAGGAAGAUAUAGGUUGUACAGCCGCUGAGCUAGUUUACGGUACAACCCUUACAUUACCAGGUCAACUAGUGGACCCAAACACUUUAACACCAACGGACCCAAGUCGUUUUGCUAGCCAACUGCUGCAAACCAUGCAACGAAUCAAAGCCAUACCGCCUCGCGAACAUAACAAUCGAAUACAACUCAACAGAAAUCUAGAAACAUGCAAAUUUGUCUUUGUUCGAGUUGAUGCUGUUAAAAAGCCAUUGAAACAACCAUAUGAAGGACCAUAUCAAGUAAUUAAAAGAACGACCAAACACUUCAUAAUCAACAAGUGUGGAAAGAAAGAGACUAUUGCUAUCGAUAGAAUAAAGCCUGCUUUCUAUGAAGAACAGCACGACAAAGAACAUACUACUUCACCGAACCAACCCCGUCCAGCAACCACCACUACAGCAGACAUGGAAGAAAAACUGAGUAUCAAACCUACUUGCUUAACGCGCUCAGGUAGAGCUGUAAAAAAACCCAAACGCUAUGUACAUUUCGCCGAAUAAGAAAAAAUCUAAACAAACAAUUACUGAUGUACUAUACCAUUAUACUCACCCGAUUUUUCCCAACAAAAUCUAUGAUUUUUUUUACAGUGUACAUAGUUAACCAUAUUUUUUUCCCACAAUUAUUCGUUUUGUCACAUUUUUUUUAUAAAAAAAAAUUUUGUUACAAUAAUAAACGAGUAAACUCUAUUUAAUUAUUCAUUUGUUGUACACACACACACAAAAGCAGUUCUUUUUUUUUGGGUUCAGUAACAGUUCUGUACAUUAUUAUCAUUGUUAGCAAACCAAGAUUUUAAAUGACGGUAUUCUCAUUACUUUUGUUUGUCAUGCUAUGCCACAUCACCGCUAUUUUCACGCAAUAACACACUGUAUAUUAUUAACGUACAUGCCAUACGCAUCUCCACAUUGUUAAUCGGUUAUUAUUGUAAAUAUUAUUAUUUUUUUUUUGUAUAAAAUUUUUCUUAUUGUUAUUGUAACCAGUGUUACCUCCGGACACUCUGGGGGGAGCUAUGUGGAGAUAGACCUGACAAGCUUAUUUUGUAAAUAGUUUUUAAUAUUAUUUGUAUUUAUUUUGUCAAUUUCCCACUGCAUGUACAUUUAUCAUUAAAUGAUUGUACCCGUUGUUUAAGUCAUUGACCUUGAAGACACUUUCCGUUGAGCUACUACAUAGCGUGGUAUAUGCUUGCCGACUAACAAAUACAUUACUACUCUCG